GUCUUCCUGCUUCAGAUGCUUCCAAACACUUUUCUUUCAAGGUGUGAGCUGAGCAGCAUGGAUCAGUGUGAGGACAGAGAGGAGGGAGUCCCUCCCUCUAAAACCACUCUGUGUGGGGAACCUGGCAGCCAGACCAGAGCUCAGAGGCCAGAGCUGCAGCACAGACCAGACUCUGCUGGACCUGGACCUGGAUCUGAAUCUGGACCCAGCUGUGUGUCCUUCAAGAGUGAUUGCUCAAUGGGUGGCCUCAUAGAUUUCAAAGGCCACCAACCUCCUGCUAUAAAAAGGACUGAUGGACCAGCUGGACCUGGAUCUGGACCCAGCUGUGUGUCCUUCAAGAGUGACCAGUCAGAUGAUCCCUUCAUAGAUUUCAAAGGACACCAACCACCUGCUGCAAAGAGGACUGAUGGACCAGCUGGACCUGGAUCUGGACCCAGCUGUGUGUCCUACAAGAGUGAUUGCUCAAUGGGUGGCCUCAUAGAUUUCAAAGGACACCAACCACCUGCUGCAAAGAGAGUCGAGCAGGAGAGCUCAGAGGUUCCCAGUGGUCAGCAGCAUCAAACACACCUGGACUCCAUAUUUAUGCUGCUGGAGGAGGACAUUGUCAGGUUUGUGAAGAAGGAACUGAAGAGGCUCCAGAAGGUUCUGAGUUCAGAUUACCCAGAAGAGAGUCAGAGGGAGGAUGAGGAGGUGUUGGACGGUGAGGAUGAAGAGCAGAGGAGGAGCAGCAGAAAGGCAUUUCUGAAGAUCACACAGCACUUCCUGAGGAGAAUGAAGCAGGAGGAGCUGGCUGACUGUCUGCAGAGGAACAGAAGAGAUUGUCAGCUUGACCUCAAGUCUAACCUGAAGAAGAAGUUCCAGUGUGUGUUUGAGGGGACUGCUAAAGCAGGAAACCCGACCCUCCUGAAUCAGGUCUACACAGAGCUCUACAUCACAGAGGGAGAGACUGGAGGGGUCAAUGAUGAACAUGAGGUCAGACAGAUUGAAACAACAUCCAGGAAAACCAGAAGACCAGAGACAACAAUCAGACAUGAAGACAUCUUUAAAGCCUCACCUGGAAGAGAUGGACCAAUCAGAACAGUGAUGACAAAGGGAGUGGCUGGCAUUGGGAAAACAGUCUUAACACAGAAGUUCACUCUGGACUGGGCUGAAGACAAAGCCAACCAGGACGUCCACUUCACAUUUCCAUUCACUUUCAGAGAGCUGAAUGUGCUGAGAGAGAAGAAGUUCAGCUUGGUGGAACUUGUUCAUGACUUCUUCACUGAAACCAAAGAAGCAGGAAUCUGCAGGUUUGAAGAGUUCCAGGUUGUGUUCAUCUUUGACGGUCUGGAUGAGUGUCGACUUCCUCUGGACUUCCACAACAAUGAGAUCCUGACUGAUGUCACAGAGUCCACCUCAGUGGAUGUGCUGCUGACAAACCUCAUCAGGGGGAAUCUGCUUCCCUCUGCUCGCCUCUGGAUAACCACACGACCUGCAGCAGCCAAUCAGAUCCCUCCUGAGUGUGUUGACCUGGUGACAGAGGUCAGAGGGUUCACUGACCCACAGAAGGAGGAAUACUUCAGGAAGAGAUCCAGAGAUGAGAAGCAGGCCAGCAGAAUCAUCUCCCACAUCAAGACAUCACAAAGCCUCCACAUAAUGUGCCACAUCCCAGUCUUCUGCUGGAUCACUGCUACAGUUCUGGAGGAUGUGUUGAAGACCAGAGAGGGAGGAGAGCUGCCCAGGACCCUGACUGAGAUGUACAUCCACUUCCUGGUGGUUCAGUCCAAAGUGAAGAACAUCAAGUAUGAUGGAGGAGAUGGGACAGAUCCACAGUGGACUCCAGACAGCAGGAAGAUGAUUGAGUCUCUGGGAAAACUGGCUUUUGAGCAGCUGCAGAAAGGCAACCUGAUCUUCUAUGAAUCAGACCUGACAGACUGUGGCAUCGAUAUCAGAGCAGCCUCAGUGUACUCAGGAGUGUUCACCCAGAUCUUUAAAGAGGAGAGAGGACUGUACCAGGACAAGGUGUUCUGCUUCAUCCAUCUGAGCGUUCAGGAGUUUCUGGCUGCUCUUCAUGUCCACCAGACAUUCAACAACUCUGGUGUCAACCUGCUGGCAGAAGAACAAACAAUAUCCUGCUGGCCUGAACUGUUUGGAGGCAAAUUAACACUUUUCUACCAGAGUGCUGUGGACGAGGCCUUGCAGAGUCCAAAUGGACACCUGGACUUGUUCCUUCGCUUCCUCCUGGGACUUUCACUGCAGACCAAUCAGACUCUCCUACGAGGUCUGAUGACACAGACAGGAAGUGGCUCAAAGACCAAUCAGGGAACAGUCCAUUACAUCAAGAAGAAGAUCGAAGCGAGUUCAUCUGUGGAUAGAAGAAUCAAUCUGUUCCACUGUCUGAAUGAACUGAAUGAUCGUUCUCUGGUGGAGGAGAUCCAACAGUCCCUGAGGUCAGGAAGUCUCUCCACAGAUGAACUGUCUCCUGCUCAGUGGUCAGCUCUGGUCUUCAUCUUACUGUCAUCAGGAAAAGAUCUGGAUGUGUUUGACCUGAAGAAAUACUCUGCUUCAGAGGAGGCUCUUCUGAGGCUGCUGCCAGUGGUCGAAGCCUCCAACAAAGCUCUACUGAGUGGUUGUAACCUCUCAGAGAGAAGCUGUGAAGCUCUGUCCUCAGUUCUCAGCUCCCAGUCCUCUAGUCUGAGAGAGCUGGACCUGAGUAACAACAGCCUGCAGGAUUUAGGAGUGAAGCUGCUGUCUGCUGGACUCAAGAGUCCACAUUGUACACUGGAGACUCUCAGGCUGUCAGGCUGUCUGAUCACAGAGGAAGGCUGUGCUUCUCUGGCCUCAGCUCUGAGCUCCAAACCCUCCCAUCUGAGAGAGCUGGACCUGAGCUACAAUCAUCCAGGAGACUCAGGAGUGGAGCUGCUGUUUGCUGGACUGGAGGAUCCAGCCUGGAGACUGGACACUGUGAGGGUGGAGCCUGCUGGAGUCCGAUGGCUGACACCAGGUCUGAGGAAGUAUUCCUGUGAACUCACAGUCGACACCAACACAGUAAACAGGAAGCUCAAACUGUCUGAUGGCAACAGGAAGGUGAUGUUUGUGGAGGAGGAUCAGUCGUAUCCUGAUCAUCCAGACAGGUUUGAUCCCUAUCCUCAGCUGCUGUGUUCAGAGGGUCUGACUGGUCGCUGCUACUGGGAGGUCGAGUGGAAAGGAAAAGUCUCUGUAUCUGUGAGUUACAGAGGAAUCAGAAGGAGGGGAGAUAGUAAUGACUGUGUGUUUGGACAAAAUGAUCAGUCCUGGAGUCUGAACUGCUCCGGUGAUGGUUUCUCUGUCUGUCACGAUAACAGAAGAAUAUACCUCCCCUCCUCCACCUCCACCUCCUACAGAGUUGCAGUGUAUGUGGACUGUCCUGCUGGCACUCUGUCCUUCUACAGAGUCUCCUCUGACAGUCUGAUCCACCUCCACACCUUCAACACCACAUUCACUGAACCUCUUUAUCCUGGCUUUGGAUUGUGGUCUUAUAGGUCUGGUUCUUCAGUGUCUCUGUGUUCUCUGUAGGAGGGAGAGUCUCCUCCUCUUGGAGAAACACAUCAGCUGAGUCUUGAGAUGAAUGAACUUUGUACCAACUGAUUCUCCUCUCACUAACUGUGUGUUGUCAUGUGACUUAUUUUUGUACAUUUAAGAGCAGAUCUUUCAAAUAGUCUCAGUCUUGACUUUUCUUAUUAACUUUGUGGUGAUUCUGUUGUAAAAUCUGUGUGUCUCAGUGUGUAGUUGUGUAUCAGUGUGUAGUUGUGUUUGUUGCCAUGAGGAUGUUCAUCAUGUGAUCAGCUGAUUCUCUCAGUUUAGACUCAAACAUUUCAUCAGUUUCAGCUGCCUGAGCACAGAAACGCUCAGUUUAUUUUACUCUUUAAUCACAUUCAUAACGUCACUUUGUAUUUUAAUUACAUUUCACUACAACAUGACAGUAACUUUAUUUUAUUCUGUUUUGAGUGGAUGAAGUGAUUGUAAAAGUUUCAGUAAGCCUGAAAGACUGAGAUGUUUGUUGGUAUUGAAGUAUUGAAGGAAGCUCCAUUAAAAUCUUGAUUUCCAUGAA